AUGAUUAGAGGCAUUAUAAGACCUGCCGUUUUCCUGAGGCGAAGAGUGGUUUCAUUUAUACUUCCAAGAAGAUCUUUUUAUGCAAGUCCAUUGAGUUUGAAAAAAAGGUUAAGCAAGAAAACGAUCGAAGUUGAUGAAAGCUCGGCUGCCGUUGGUGCUACUGAGAUCGAUUUUGAUGAGCUUAGGAGAAAGAUGCAAGGUGUUGUUGACAGGUUUGGUAAGGUUGCCAACGAAGCUAAACUUGGAAAGUCAAAUCCACAAAUUUUCGACAAUCUAAUAAUCAAUACUGCGGAUGGUGAGUUUCCAUUUACUUCCACUGCUCAGACUGCUGUAAAGGGUCGUAAUUUCAUGAUUACAGUCUUCGAUCCAUCCAAUACCAAGCACAUCGUGAGUGCAAUUUUGGCAUCUAAUUUAAAUAUGACACCUAUCGCGGACCCUCAGAAUAAACAACAGCUAAAGGUCCCUUUGCCUCCAGUGACAACUGAAUCGAAAAAAGAGACGGUCAAACAUUUGAAAGAAUCUUUUGAGAAACUACGCAACGGGCCUGGUGGACAUAGUAAGAAUGCGCAUACUCUUGCGUCCAUCAGAGGUGACCUCAAGAAAAGGUUGUCGAAGAAGCAGAAGAAGUCAGACGAAGAUGCGAGAGCUUGGAACGACUUUGAAAAGUUGCAUAAGCAAUACUGCGAUAAGCUCCAAGAACUUUUCAAGACCGCUGAAAAGGCAAUUAUGAAGUAA